CGCAGCAUACCCAACAUGCACCGCAAAUCAGAACAAUGGCUGCAAGUUUUGGCUGUGUUGGGGUGAUGUUAUUACGCAUUUCAAAGUGAAAUAUUUAGUGAUACAGCGAUUGUCACUGAUGGUUUUAUACGGUAGAGACGCAUGUACUGUUCAUAGAGUGGUUUUAUCUUUUUUACUUGUCAUUUUAACGGAGGAAUCGGUGAAGAAGCCUCUUGGUGUUUUCUGUCUUGUUCACGUGCGGAAUUCUGUAGCGUAGAACGGGCAAGUCUUUAUGAAAAGCAAAUUUAACACAGUCUUUAGACAACGUCAAGACAACAGUUUAAAAAGGCUUUCGUGAGUCGGACUGUUUUUGUGAAGUUAUUUUUCUACAAAAUGAGUCUUAUGAACGCCCCCUCGAGCUUGAAGUGUUUAAUUGAAAAAGUCAACAACUGCUGUCCGGCUUUCAAAUUCCAUACUGUUUGAAAUAUGACUUCAAAAUGGUUACCCGGAACUCAGGGAAAAAGCCAGAUGGUGUACCAGUGGUGGAAGGUCCUCCCCCAAGAUUACUUCGGCCACGUGGUGUAUGCUUCCGAUGUCAUUUUCCUACUCCUGCAUCAUGUGUUUGUCCAACUACAACAACAAUUGAGGUGAAAGUAAAAAUCCCAUCUUUAGUUAGCCCAGAAACUACCAUUAACAGCACUUCUCCAACAACUGUUAGGAAGAAAAGGCAUGGGCUGGAGAGUAAUGAUGCAGUUCAAUCUAGAAGUAAAUCCCCUCCCAGCAGAAGGCAAUUGUUUAAGGACAGCUACUCAUCCUUUGAUGCACCUGGUAUAGAAUUAAAUACUUCAGUUUCUAAUGAGGGGCAGGCAUUUUCGGAAUCAGCUGACACAAGCAGCAUGUCUUCCGAUUCUGAGAAUUCAUGUGAAAGUAUGUCUAGUCAUAUGGAGGAAGAUGCAGCCAUUCCAUCAACAUCAUCAGAACCGGUUGCAGCUACUUCUACAGAGGAAACAUCUUUCAAACCAAAACGAAAGAAAAGAAAGCUAAAACCUUCAGGCCGGCAUGUCUGCCCUGUAUGCUCAAAAAUGUUUGGUAGUCCAGGGAAAUUAAAUCAGCAUAUGUUCUCUCAUACUGGUGAAAAGCCAUUUGAGUGUGACAAGUGCCUGAAGGCUUUUUCAUCAAAGUUUAAGUUGGUUCGUCAUCUACUUAUUCAUUCUGAUGAAAGACAGUAUCGCUGUCCUAUGUGUGAUAGAACUUUUCAUCGCAAAGAUCAUUUAAAAAAUCACUUAAAAGUUCACAGUCCUGUGAAGAAAACUUAUCGAUGUGAUAAGGUGGGAUGUCUUAAAGUAUACAGCUCGCUGCUAAGCUAUCGUAAACAUGCAGCUGUUCAUGCAGCUGAGGAAGGUGACUUAGAAUGUAAAAUGUGUGGGAAAAAUUUUGCCUGUAAAGAUGAAAUUGUUUACCAUCUGAAAGUUCAUGCUGGCUCUCGCACAGUAAAAAACCCCUCAGACAAAAAAUACAAAUGUGAUUAUUGUGAAAGAAAAUUCUUCACAAGGAAAGAUGUUAGAAGGCACCUUGUAGUACAUACUGGCAAAAGGGACUUUUUGUGUCAGUUUUGCCCUCACCGAUUUGGAAGGAAAGAUCACCUUGUGCGCCACAUAAAGAAGAGUCAUAGUAAUGUAAGCAGCAAUGUUAGACCAGGAACCUCUAAGGGAAAGCGUUCACGUCAAAUAACAAGUGCCGAAACUUCAACUUCAAGCUCAUCAACUCCAAGACCGAAAACAGUUUUACGAACGCAUGGAAGACCAAAGGCUGCCAUGUCACUAGAAUCUACCAGUGAAACUGGCAGCGUUGUGUACCAGGAAUCAGAUAACCAAUAUAUAUCAGGUGUUCUGUCAGAAAUUACUACAGAUAUUAAAUCAAAACAGGUAGACUCAGACCUUGCGCGUAAGGUUCACGAAAUGAUUUCUUCACAUGACGGUGAUGUGUCAUUCCAUGUUGAUCAUGUGAAGGUUGAGGACUGUCAUUUGCUUCCUGAGCUACAACCUAUAAUAUUCUCUAGCCCUGUCUCUCAUCCUCCAUUUGAGCAUAUCCCAGUGGACAAUAUAAAUGUGCCAACAGAUCAAGUUGACGGUGCCAUCAAGUCAGAGGAAUCGCUUUCAGUUGGAAUGGACAUGAAUCAAUUUAUUUCAGGAUAUUUGGUCCCAACAAGUGUACCCUCCACAGAAGCAAAUGGUGUUGAGGGUCAGCCAACUGAUGAGCCUCCUGUUCCUUCACAACCUCCACCAUCUACUGGAAUGUCUGAUGCUGAAGCAACUGAAUUUCUAGCACAUUUUUCAAAUGACGAAGAAAUACUGCAGUUGAUGGAACUGUCCAUUCCCUCUGCCUCUACCUCAUCCUCAACAGGUGACAUAAAUACACCAGCUACAACCCUUGGUCCCUUACCCAGAUUCCAACAAGCAUUUCAACAGCAACCACCCUGAUGUUACUUUACAUCAUCACUGUGCUGCCUUGGAUACAGUGGUGAUGUCUAAACUUGGCCAAAGUAAAGCUGUUAAAAUUUGCUUUAAAGCCUUUUGUGUAAAUAUAUCUGAGGAUGGAGUAAAGCUAUUAGGAAUUAGUCUGUGCUAAAUAGGUUAGUAUUUUUUAUUGUUAAAGUACAGACAGCUUCGUAAAUUUUCUGUAACAGUCAGAAACUGUCACUAUGCAUUUUGGCCAAGCUCAGACAUCACAACUUAUUCAACUCCACUCACAGUUGAUCUAGGUAGCUAUCAAAUUUUAAAUUUCAUCUGUUCCACAACUAUGCUGUAACACUAUUUAUUUUGAAACUGCACUGAACUGCUUGAUUUCUUCCCAUCAAUUACUUAGAAGAAAGUUUGAAAAUUUCUCUUUUUGUAACAUUCUGUUAGCAUGUACACAUCCUGAAACAUGAUGUACACAAAAAUUUUAUGCGCUGUUUCAGGAAUUCGAUGACUGAUUCAUGUUAUGACACCUUGUGAUUUUGCUGAGUGUUCCAAAUACUUAAGGACUUGGAAAGCCCCUUUUGAGCUGUAUUUUCAGAAUGUGUGUAAUAGUUUUGUGUAUGAUAUCUAUCUAUCAUUGUUGACUGAAUGGAAAAAGAAGCAAUAUGCCUUACAAUCUUAUGUCAUUGGUGAAAAAAAUUCUUACUCUCAUUUUGUUAAGUUUCCUUGAAAGUGGUGUCUAUUACUUGGCCAAAGAUAUUGACAGUGUCUGUUCUAUUGACACUUUUCUUGAUGGCUUUUGGAUUGAUUGUGUGAUUAUAAAUCUAACAUACCUGCUAGUACAUGAGUUUUGAUCAGUGUUGUGGCAAGAUAAUCUAUUUUGACAUUUUGGGGAUUUUUGAGUGUAAUUGAAAAUGUCACUAUUUCUCAAAGCUUGUCUUGUAAAGAUACAGAUAGUUAUGAAACAAAACAGGGUGAAUUAAAACUCUUUUGAAAUAAGUUGUAAAGGGCUUAAAAGUCAUAUGUUUAAAUUGUUAUGUUUGGUUAUGAUGUGUGCUACAUUUCCCCAAGUGUUUCUCAGCUUUGGAUCUAGCAGUUUAUUUCAUCUAAAAUUACAAGGUUAAUGGAUGUCGCUUAAAUCUGUUGAAAUAUCGGCAAGUGACUGUUUGUUUUUGUUCUCGUCAUUAAAUUUCUGUGUUAUGUUCUUCUAAUGUUGAUUUGAAAGUUCAGUUUUGAGAUUCAUACUGCACAUAGUUUUAGAUCUAAAAUGUAGGUGAGAAGAGUGUGAAUUCCUUAAUUUGGGGGAUAUUUUUACAUUUUUAUACUGUGGUGUGAAAGUUGGUGAAUUGUUGAGAGAAGUCUAUAUUUUGAUAGUGCUGUAUUUUAUAGUUUUAGAUUUACAGAUUUACAUUUUGUAUGCACGUAUACUUUUACAUUAGGUUUUUAUUAUUAGAGGUAAGUACCUCAUGUACAAAUGGAUUGCAGGAGAUAAAACUUGAUAGACCAUGCUUAAAAUGUGAGUGAGGCUUUAGUGUGUCCUUAAUCAGUUCUAGGCUUUGCAUCUUUAACUUUAUAUUAUUGAUCUAGGUCUUUGAAAAUUCCCUUUUUUUGAAGUACAUGAUAUGCCAAAUAGUGUCUCCUUAAACUUCUCAAAAUCAUAAUGGACAAGCAGCAUAGCACCUCUUAAAGAUGUAUCACAUAAGAAGUCAAUUGAAAUGUUUCUUCUACGUAUAUCCUGUUUUUCUGUUUUUUUUUGUUGUAUUUUUCCAUUUUGCCGUUUUUGUGAUGUUACAGUGCCAUUAACAUUUUUCAGGGAAAAAAUUAUUCACAAAAACUCUUAGAGUUGUGAUGAAAAAUGGUUUAUCAAGAUUUAUGUUCAAUUUGAAGUAGCUUCGCCUAAGUCCCAGAUUUAAUUCCUUACAAUUGUUCUCUAGCUUUUAUGUAUUGAGUAACCUUUCUGUUUAAUUUUCAAGUCAUUGCAGUUAGAUAAGGUUGUUUUCCUUUUUUGCUUAGCUUUAUUGUUGUUUGAGUAAUUUCUUUUGUUUUUUGUGCAAUGUGCAGGAAACAUCAGCCCCAUCUCAGUAGUCCGAGCAGGUUUGGUCCACGUUUUAUCAAAGUUCAUGAAUUGCUUGUAUUUAAGAGUUUACAAACUCUUCUCUAAAAGAGAUGCGAGGCUUUUCUUUGUGAUACUGUGGCAACUUAUUUUGUUUUGUUUUGUUUUGUUUUCGUUCAGAAAAUAUGUACGGGUAUAUUUAAAUUGCGCCUUUUGGUGCACAUUUUUUUUCUUUAUGCGCUUGUCAUUCAAUGUAGGACUUUGGUUCUGUAAGAAAUUAUGUGGCUGUAUUAGCAGUUGUACUUAUCGUGUUAAGAGUUGCUGAGUUUGUAUGGUACCUGAUGGGUAUAGAGUAACCAUUCUUUGCAACAUAUUUUGCUGACAUACUUUUGUGCUCUUGAAAGUUGUUCCAUAUUCUAUAUUGCCUUUGUCAGCAUAUGAUGGUUUGAAAUGUGUGAGUAGAAUCAAGGGCUCUUGAUUUUAUUGCAAUAUUAUGUAAAUUCCAACAGUUUGUCAAUGGGCCUAUUCAUAAUUACUCUUAAAGUUUGCAAUUUUACCAUGUAAAAGGUUUAUCAUAUUUUUCUAGUACAUAUUCCAAUGAUACCUAUUUUUUUUUGAGGAUGAGUGAGAAGAAGUAUGGAGCUAUGUUUCUUAUCCAUGUU